AGAGGGCGUGGGCGGAGAGAGGUGUUGACUAGCAGGCGGUUCGCCCAAUGAAGGGCGGAAUCCGCUGGAGGGGGCCGGGCGAGUUGACCAGAAGCUGGCGACUGUAGAGACCCGGUGUGUGCCAUGGCGGAGCCGCUGAGGAGACCGGGCCGUCCCAGAGGCGGCGGCGGCGGCCGAAGGGUUCGGGGAUCCCGGGGCGGCCGGAGCCGAUGUCCUGGCGCCCAGCGAUCCCCAGCUCGACGCACCUUGGACUCGGUGCUCGUGGACUUGGUCAGCGACAGCGAUGAGGAUGUCUUGGAGGUCGCAACUGCGCACGACGCUGCGGCCGCGGCCGAGGUCCCACUCCCUGAAUCCCCCGUGCCGGCCGUGUCCCGGGACGACAGAGACAGUGACAGCGAAGGGGCGGACGCAGAGCCGGGUGGAGCCCCCCGGGUCUUGGUCAGGCGGCGGCGGCGGCUGCUGCUGGAUCCUGGAGAGGCACCGGCGGUUCCAGUGUACUCCGAGAAGGUGAAAAGCAGCCUCCAUCUUAUCCCAGAUAACGUGUCCCUCCUGAAAUUAUGUCCCCCAGAGGCUGAGGAAGAGGCAGAUGUGGAAGAUGCCAGCAGUCCUCAUACAGUGGAUUUUCCAUGUCCCAGUUCCCCCUGGAAGAAGAAGCUGAGGAGUAAGGAUGGAGAAGAGAAGAAACAGAUGUUACUGGCUCAGGACACCUCGCCUUUGCCCUCACCUCUGCCACGGACCAAAAGCAGGAAGCAUACUCAGGCACUCCGGAAGCUAAGGGAGGUGAACAAGCGUCUCCAAGAUCUCCGUUCCUGCCUGAGUCCCAAGCAAUCCCAGGGCCAAGCCCACUUGAGCCAAGAGGAUGAGGUGGUCCUAGUGGAGGGGCCCACUUUCCCAGAGCACCCUCGACUUCUGCCACUCAAAAUCCGGUGCCGAGCUGACCUGGUCAGGUUGCCCAUCAGAAUGUCGGAGCCCCUUAAGAGUGUGGUGGACCACAUGGCCGCCCACCUUGGGGUGUCCCCAAGCAGAAUCCUCUUGCUGUUGGGAGAGACAGAGCUGUCCCCUACCGCCACCCCCAGGACCCUAAAGCUCGGCGUGGCUGACAUCAUUGACUGUGUGGUUCUAGCAAGUUCUCCGGAGGCCGCAGAGACGUCGCCACUGCUCCAACUUCGAGUCCAGGGCAAAGAGAAGCACCAGACGCUGGAAGUCUCGCUUCCUCCCGAUUCUCCUCUCAAGACCCUCAUGUCCCGCUACGAGGAGGCUAUGGGACUCUCCGGCCACAAGCUCUCCUUCUUUUUUGAUGGGACGAAGCUUUCAGGCAAGGAGCUGCCGGCUGACCUGGGAAUGGAAUCUGGGGACCUCAUCGAGGUCUGGGGCUGAAACCCCUCCCUGUUUGGAGGCCCAGCCUGGACUUGAGGAGAAUGGGCUGCCCCCUUUUGGCCCGUAAGGGCUUGCUAGCUGCAGCUGAGUUAGAACUCGUCUUCAAGCUGAAGCAAAAUCCAGAAGUGAACUUUGACUCCCUCUCCUUUGACCCCAGUUUCAAGCCCUUAGCUGCUGCUGCUGGUUUAAUUGUGUGAUGGUCUUUGCUGCCUUAGGUGGACUGUGGCUCCGUCCACAGGGUGUGCUGAAUUUUACCACCCUCUGGGACAUGGAGAAAGGUAUCCCUCACCUUCACCUGUCCACCAUCACUCACUGAAAUGUCUCGUAUAUGAAACUUCUCAUACUGAAAGAGUGAGUUGAAAUUAGUAAGGGUUGGGUAGGGGACUCCAGGCCUCGGAAUUCUGCCACAUCUGGGACCAGCCGUGGCCUCAAGGUCAUCGGGGGAUGGAGGUGAAGUUGACUUGAGGCACAUACAAGGGUGUGGUUCCUCUGCCCGGCCGGAAACUAAAUGAUCAACCUCACAAAUGCAUUAGCUUCACCAGAGGCAAACAGUGGGUUAUUAUUUUGAAGAGUACAGUAGAUUCUCAGGCUUGGGUGUCUUCCACACCCUAGGACCCUUUUGAGCCACCUUCCCGAUGCACACAUGUUGUAUAAAGCAUAAUUGAGCACCUUGAACCUUUUGGUGUUGAUCUCAGGAUCGCAGUCCACACAAGGCUUCUUUGGUUUUAUGGCUUUUUCCCUUCACGUCAUCCUCUCCUGUAAGCAUCCAUUCGAAUGUGUUGAUUCCAUGUCUUUGAAUAUGAAUGUUUCCUUGAACAUCCUGUGCUGAAUGUGUGCGUCUACUUUGCCCACAUGUAGUAUAAUGCUGUCGAUCUUGUCCUAUUGCUUCUCUCACUCAACAUGGGUUGCUUAGGCUACAUCAGCUUUAUUUCUUUGAGCUGCUCUAAGAUAUUCUAUGGUGGGUGUUAAGUGCAUUUUUUUUUAGACAUUUGCUAAGUGGUAGACGCCUGGGUUGCCUGCAACUCCUCGGCCCAUAUGCACGGCCACGGUGAACAUCUUUUCCUGUCUCCUUCCGUACUUUAUGGACAGUUCUCCAGCAGAGGUACCCAGGAUGGGAUUAUGCAUCAGACAGCUUAAUUUCUCUAUUGUUUUUUUAGAAUGAUCUUUGACUCUCCCGCUUAAAGCUUCCCAUUUCUGCUCAUCCCCACCAGCAUUUAUUACUGCCCAACUUUCUAACUUUUGCCAGUCUCUUGGUUAGAAAGUGGUGACGUGUUUUAAUGUACAUUCAUCUAGUCACCAGUAAUUUGAGGAAUUUCAUUUUCCUGUCAGCCUUUCUGGUGCCCCUUUCUGUGAAUUGCUAAUUUAUCUUUGUUCCUUUUCUCAUGGGGGCUUCGCACCUUUUUUUUUGUUUACUCUCAAAAGUUCCUCGUAUAUUCCUGGGAAGUUGCCAAAACUCUGAAGAUGGCGCUUGUGUAGGGGUGUCCUUCACUGAACAGACAAUUUUAAUGUAGGUGAAUUAGCUAUUUUGUUAUAUCAUUUGUUGCUUUUUUAUAUCUUAUUUUAAAAUAGUUAACAAUAUUUUGCAGUUUCUUCUAUUAGUUUUAUUAGCUUUUCUUUCACAUCUAGGCCACUAAAUAUUGGGCUGAAGUCCAGCCAGUACAUGCUGGUAUGUGUACUGGCUAGCAUCUGCCCUGCGUGGUCAAAUAUUUGUUUUCAUUGCUUGAUGCCAGGCUGAAAUGUUGAAUAUUAAACUAUUUAAAAUUCACCUUUGUCUAUGAGAUCCAAGUUUUGGUUUCACUGUAUAAUGAGCCAGUUUUCUCAGCGCCAUCUACUAAUAAAGCCAUGAAUUUUCCACUGAUAUGUGGUAUGAUUUUGGCAAAAGCACAUCAGUCUCUUUAAAAAGUUUUUUUAAUUGUUGUUGGAAUGUAGCAUUUGUUUGAACUUAUAAUGUGGGAAAUAUAGAAAGAAUUUUUAAUAUUUAAAUAAUCCAUGGUAUGGUAUAGCUCAUUUUUUCAGAUAUGAUAUGUCGAUUAAUAAGUCUGAAUACAUUAAAAUGAUAUGUUCAGUAUCAACAGAAUAAACGGGAAUAUAUUAAACUUG